CAACAGCUGUACAGAAAAUUGUAAACAAAAUGGACGCAAGUGAAUUCUAUCAGUAAAAACAAGAAUAUCAAUAUUAUUAAUAUGCAGUCUGAUCAAAAUGAUGCUGCACUCAACACAGAGGAGCCCACUAAACUGGUUUUUAAGAAAACGCACCGCAAAAACCUAAGGCGACGAGAGACUUCCGAUGAUGAAGAGAAAGGCGAACAAUUGAUGCUAGAUGAGAUUAAGGAACGACAACGUUUGCGUGAGCGUCCGAAUGGCGUCAGCCUUAUGGGCCUUGCACUGGGUAAAAAGAUAGCGCCAGAGGAAGAACUGACCAUCAAGGAUCCAUUCAAUGUUAAAAUGGGUGGACUUGUUAAUAUGCAAACACUUAAAUCCGGAAAAAUGAAAGAAUCCGAUGAUGCCUACGAUGUGGGCAUUGGUACACAGUUCUCAGCCGAAACAAACAAACGGGAUGAAGAUGAGGAAAUGAUGAAAUACAUUGAGCAGGAGCUGCAAAAGCGUAAGGGCGGCACAACAGACGACAAGGCAACAGAUGCCGCUGACGAUAGCUAUGUUCAUAAAUAUCUCACGCCUGAAGAUGCAGCGCUCUAUGCAUUACCUGAUCACUUGCGUCAGUCGUCGUCCCACAGAUCAGAGGAAAUGUUAUCAAAUCAAAUGCUGAAUGGCAUACCCGAGGUAGAUCUUGGCAUUCAAGCCAAGAUACGCAACAUUGAGGCAACGGAGGAUGCAAAACAGAAACUGAUGCAAGAUGCCAAAAACCAAAAGGACGGACCCUCGCAGUUUGUGCCCACCAACAUGGCAGUAAACUUCAUGCAGCACAAUCGAUUCAACAUUGAGGAAAACAAUGAACAGCGCAGACGGAAACGCGAAGAAAAAGAAGGCAACAAUAAAGCACCGCAUAAUCAGACCAAUCCAAAUGGCGUCAAGAGAGCAACAGACGAUUAUCAUUAUGACAAGUUCCGAAAGCAAUUCCGUCGAUAUUGAGUUGAUAAAUAAAACGUUAACAUAUUUGAGUACAGAUUUUUAUUUAUACUAAAUGCAAUCCAAGAUAAACGGCUCUUAAAUAUAAAUUCAUCCAAUGACAGUGUUGCCUGAAAGCAUAAAGAAAAUGUAUAUUAAUUACACAUGUUAAAACACGCUUUUAAAUUUAUUGUGCUUAACGUUCAGUAAGAGAAAAAUUGAUUUCAUAGCAACGCAUGACUGAAGCUCAAUGAGAUUCCUACUCAUAAAAUCAUCACUAGCAGUAUAACAGUAUAAAAUCAUGAAAUAAAACACACCUUGUAAACUGGACUCCACGUAUGUGUUUCUGUAUCAAACUGAAAAAUAGAACAAAAUCCUCGGUUAGACUAGGAAUUUCUUUACAUUCGUAAAUUAGCUUAGUAUAUUUAGUCAGAAUGAGAUUUAAUUAAUUUCAUAGCAACGCAUGACUGAAGCUCAAUGAGAUUCCUACUCAAUAAAUCAUCAUGAAAUGGAUAACAAAAAACAAACUGAAGAAUACGCACCUUUUGUAUGGAAAGAUAGACACAAGCCAAAUUUAUUAAACUGCAAAUACAAAAAAGGAGUUUAAUAAAAUGUAUGAGACAUGGAUAUUUUAUUUUACCUUUUCUCCAAAGCAUUGAUUAAUAGACCUGGAAACAACUUAAAAGAAUAAAAAAAAGAAUACAAAAUUAACAGCAAACAAAAUUCGUUGUUGUAUUGAGUUGUUUUUUGUUUUCUUUAUUAUACCCAUACAACAUUGAAACGUUCAUCUUCGCUCUAUAUUGUGUCAGCGCUUAUUAUUUUGUUUUAAGGACAAAAAUUCUAUUGUGUUGUAAUUUAAAACGCGAUAAACGUUCCCAUAUUUUUUUGCAUGUUUAUAUGAUGCCGAUCUUGUUGG